CAUGUCGCUUAAAGUGUUUCCUGCGGCGCGGGAUGGAGAAGCGCAUGAAGUUUUCAAAAUGAAUCUUUGUGAUGAAGAUCAAUGUUAUUUAACACAUCUGUGAUGCGAACAUUAAAGUUUAAAAUCUGAGUUGAUUUAUAAUCUGCGACAUGACGCAAAAACAGAGUUUAGAGGUUCGGUUCGUGGCUGAUGAAGAUGUUUUGGAUCAUAUCGUGGAGAAACAACAAGAUGUUAAAGCAGCUCAUGACGGUGUUCAAACCCUGGUCACCCUGAAGACUCCUCAGAAAUCAAAGACAUCUGCUGAGGAGGAUGACGAGGAGAAGGAUGAAGAUGUCUUGAAUGAGCAGACCUAUGUGGAAGCUCUCGGCACACAAGAUGAGAGUGAAAGUGGAGCGUUAGCUGGCGGAUCUUCUGUCUUCACCUUUCAGACCAUCAAACGAGCCAAAAAGAUGUCUCGGAUAGCGUCUGAAUGGGCCCGGACGCCUGGGAAAAGCGUGACGUUCUGCUCAUCAGACACAAACGAGGACUCUGUGAGCCCGACCCGCGCCACAAAAAAAUCGGCCAAUCAGAACAAGACUCCUCAGAAGGGAAAGAAAGUGCAGUUCAUCUCAACGACCCCACACAGACUGCGCAAACGCAUGUCAGCACCAGCACUGAGGUCAGAGAGUGAAAGUGAUUUCUCACCGUCAAACUCUGAGGAAGAUGAAGCUGAAGAACUGGAGUCCAAGCAAGACGUCCAGCCCAAAACCCCCAGCAAAACCACAGCCAGCGCCCUCUAUAAAACACCCAGCAAGAAGAACAAGAAACUACCUGAGUCUGAUUUGGUGGAUGAAUAUUUCGAGGCUCACAGCAGCUCUAAAGUUCUGACGUCCGAUCGGACUCUUCAGAAACUCCAGACACCUCAGCUGGAUCGGGAGACUCUGCUCAGUCUCUUGGCUGAAAAGCCUCAGUGUUACGCUGAAGAAAUAAAACAGCUGAACGAGAAACAUGAGAAGAACUUCAACAAGUGGAUGCUGCAGCUACACAUGGGUUUUAAUAUCCUGAUCUUCGGUCUGGGGUCAAAGAAGCUUCUACUGGAGAAGUUUCGCAGGUCUAUGCUGUCAGACUUUGAUCAUCUGGUGGUCAACGGCUUUUUUCCCAGCAUGACCCUCAAAUCGAUAUUAAACAGCAUCACUGGAGAUAUUCUGGAGCAUGAUGGGACGUUCCGUAACCCGAGCGACCAGAUCGACUUCAUUGUGAACACUCUUAAAGAAGACCCAGACAAUCACAUCUUUCUGAUUAUUAAUAACAUUGACGGGGCCAUGCUGAGAGGUGACAGAAACCAGCAGGCACUGGGACAGCUGGCGUCCAUUCCCAACAUGCACUUGGUGGCUUCCAUCGACCACAUCAAUGCUCCGCUCAUCUGGGAUCAAGCAAAGAUGAGUUUGUUUAACUGGCUGUGGUACGAGACCACCACAUACAUGCCCUACACUGAAGAGACCUCGUAUGAGAACUCACUGCUCGUCCAGCAGACGGGAGCGCUCGCACUGAGCUCACUGACACACGUCCUGCGCAGCCUCACACCAAAUGCCAGGGGGAUCUUCAGAUUACUUGCAGAGUUUCAGUUGGAGAACAAAGACAAUCCUGCAUACACAGGUUUGUCUUUCCAGGAUUUUUACCAGCGCUGUCGUGAAUCUUUCCUGGUGAACAGUGACAUCACGCUCCGCACGCAGCUCACAGAAUUCAGAGAUCAUAAACUGAUCCGGACCAAAAAGGGAGCGGACGGGGUGGAAUAUCUGCUCAUCCCUGUUGAUAACGGGACACUGACGGACUUUCUGGAGAGGAGCGAUACAGACUGACUGUUGUGGAUAAGAUUAAUCAUGUACAUAAAACUGUAAAAGAACAUGAAGAGAAAACAAUAAACAUUCUUGUUUAUGCAUA